UUUUUGUGAAUCCAACAUGGCCGACAAGCAACAAGAUGGUUGCCCCGGUAAUUUCGGUGUUUGAGGUUCAUUGACCGUGAAACAUAACUCUAAUGGAACACUACUACGAAUGACGUUAAUUAAAUAAACAUCAACAGACGCCCCAUUUACUUCGUCCAUCAAUUUUCAUAAAUCAGUAAUUCUUCGACAUGUCGGACGACGAGGACUUGGUUUACGUCAAGAAGCAGAAAACUGUGCAUUAUGGAUCGCUGGAGGAGGCAGAACGUGCAAGGCUGGCAGCAGCUGCGGAGUCAUCGGAAGAGGAGAAAGACUCCACAAAUUUGGGAGACAAUGUCAACGUUGCUGCCACUCUGGGGAAUGUACACAUAUCGAACGAGUACAUGGAGCUCGAAGAUGAGAUGUCCAAAGACAGACAAGCUCUCUUAGAAGAAUUCGAACGCAGAAAGAAAGCUCGCCAAAUUAACGUAUCUACUGAUGAUUCUGAAGUAAAAAAGAAUUUGAGACAAUUAGGAGAACCUAUUUGUCUGUUCGGCGAAGGACCCGCGGACAGAAGAACAAGAUUGAGAGAGUUGCUAGCUAGUCUGGGGGAAGAUGCGAUAAAAAAGAAGCACGACGAAGAUGAGAAACCUUCUCAUGCUAUAGAAAGAGAUACGGAAGCAACUUGGUAUCACGAAGGACCAGAAUCCCUCCAAAUAGCUCGUUCUUGGAUUGCAACGUACUCGUUACCUAGAGCAAAGGCUAGAUUGGAAAAAGCGAGACAGGAUCUGGAGCUACCAACAGCCACUCGUACAGCACGUCGCCAAGAACUCCUGAAGAAAUUGCAAGCGCUAACGAUUUACUGUUCUCAAAUCGGCGAUACCCGACCAAUUUCCUUCUGUCAAUUUAGUCCGAAUUCCAAGAUGUUUGCUACAGCUUCAUGGUCAGGCUUGUGCAAAAUAUGGUCUGUACCUGACUGUACUUUGUUGCGAACGCUUAAAGGACAUACUUGUAAUGUUGGCUGCAUUGUUUUUCAUCCAAAAGCUACUAUUACCGAAGAGGUGAUAGGGGAGAAAUCAGGACAGACUUGUAUAUUGGCAUCUUGUGCUGCAGAUGGGACAGUGAAAUUGUGGAGCGGUGGAUCUGGGGAAGAACCGCUAGCUGAAGUCGAGGGCCACGAGCCGCAUAGAGUUUCGAGGUUAGCUUUUCAUCCGUCCGGUCGAUUUCUCGGGACUUGUUGCCACGAUGCGUCUUGGAGGCUUUGGGACUUGGAACAGCAAGCAGAGGUUCUUCAUCAAGAGGGUCACGCGAGAGCUGUGCACUGCAUCAGCUUUCAGUGCGACGGUAGCGUGAGCGCCACAGGUGGUCACGACUCCUUUGGCAGAGUGUGGGAUCUUCGCACAGGGAGGUGCAUUAUGUUCAUGGAGGGUCAUUUAAAGUCUAUCUUCGGUAUCGAUUUCUCCCCCAACGGGUUUCACAUAGCCACAGCCAGCGAGGACAACACGUGCAAGAUAUGGGACUUGCGAAAGAGGUCUUGCGUGUACACGAUACCCGCGCACACGAAUUUACUGUCGGACGUGAAGUAUCAGAGGCUCGAGGGACAGUAUCUGGUCACCGCCUCGUACGACAGCACUGCCAAAAUAUGGUCGAACAAAACCUGGCAACCCUUAAAAACGUUACCUGGUCACGACGGGAAGGUCAUGUCCGUCGAUAUUUCCCCGGACCAUAAAUUCAUCGGGACUAGUUCUUACGACAGAACUUUUAAACUAUGGGCUCCCGAAAAUAUAUAAAAAGACUUUGUCGAAUAAAACGUGGAGCACGGUUCGAGGAGCAUAUCUACGCAACGCUAUUUUCGUGAUUGUUCGUGGAGGAAACUUCGCCCUUUGUAAUAUAGAAAGAAUGAACGAAGAUAUAUACUUUAUUACCUGUCCCUUUAUAAGUUUUAAUACAUCAACGAUUGUUAUAAGUUUGAUUUAUUAGUUUUAAUUUCUGAAUGUUUAGAACACUAUGUCGUGCCUUCAAUGGUUAAAAUUGGACUUUGUACUAACACCAUCCGACUGUAGUUUCAUUUCUGAGAAAUCUAAUUGCAUUUACUUGAUCGCGAAAACUAUUAUUACGCGUUAAUAAUCAGAAUUAAUUCCAAAAUACAAACGAAGCGUUUACUUGCAUUAAACGGUUCUUUGCAUUGUCGUUAACAAAGCAUUUAAAAUUUUUGCAAUGGACAAGUUGUUCAGAAGAUUGGACGACUAAGUUUGAACAGAAGAGGUCCUCCUGUGGUUCUACUUUAUUAACAAA